AUGUAAAAAAUUGAAAACAAAACCCGAAGGUUGUAAUUUGACUGCAAUAAAACAAUGGAAGGUGACCUUUUAGAACAAUACAUUUCUAGUUAUCAAGUAGCCAGAAAUGGUGGAAACAAAUAUAAAGAAAUAUUCUUUCAUCUUUUAGAUCUAGCUGUUAUCAGUGCUUUUCAAGUUUAUAAAAAAGAAGGAAAAAAUCACAUUUAAAAUUUAUACUGGAUUUAAUUGAUGAAAUAAUUGAUAAAUAUGGCACUUAUUUUUCAACAUGAAGUCAUCCAUCGAAUGAAGCGCUAUCAAGUUGUUUAUAACACCAUUUUUUUGGAAUUUAUACCACUUACAGAGAAAAAAGUAAAACCCUGCCAGAGAAUGUGAAAUGUGUUCAUCUGAGAAGAAUGCAAAUGGAAAACGAAUUAAGAGAGAAGCGAGGAAUUGUGCCAAGCAAUCUAGUCCAUUCCAUCUUUUACGUCUACUUUUACUGUAUCAUGAGCCUGAACUCUGUUCAUUUUUGGAUACAAAAAAGAUCACUCCUGAAGCUUAUGCAAAGAACUGGUUUGGUAGUCUCUUUUCUUCAACUUGUUCCUUGAAAGUAAUACAGAUUAUGUGGGACAUAUAUUUCCAAGCAUCUGAACCCUUUCUUGUUUUUUUCCUUGCCCUGGUCAUCGUUAUCAAUGCUAAAGAACAGCUGCUUGACAUGAAAGAAGAUGAUAGACAAUCUAUUAUAGAUGUACUUUCUAUGAUGCCUUGUGGGUUAGAACCUGAAGAUGUUGAAGAUUUCUGUACUGUAGCCUUUCACUAUGUAUCUUCUACACCACCUUCAUUUAGCAAUGAAUAUCAUUCUAUGAUAUUUGAUGGCCGAUCAAAUUCCAAAAAUAGUAGUCUUCUGUCACAGGCUUUAUGCCUGCCAGUUUCUGCAAGUGAUUUAAUUUCUAGAAAUAAUGUGAGGGUCAAUCGAGAGAUUAAAUAUUUUGUGGUAGAUUGUCGUCCUGCUAAUCAAUAUAAUAGUGGCCAUUUGUCAACAGCUUUUCAUUUAGAUGCUAGUCUGAUGCUUCGAGAACCUGCAGCUUUUGGGACUGCUGUUGAAGCUUUGUUUGCUGCAAAAAAGCAAGCCAUUAUUGCUGGUUCUGUUGCUGCUGGAGAACAUAUUUGUUUUGUUGGUAGUGGUAGGGAAGAAGAAGAUCAAUAUGUGCACAUGGUUGUUGCUAGUUUUUUACAGAAACAUCAGCGAUUUGUUAGUUUGGCUCAUGGAGGCUAUACUGCUUUACAUGAAAUUAUUCCGUCCAGUGAGAUUAAUACAGUUUUGGCCUCUCAUUGUUCAAAAAGUUGCUUAGUUUGUCUAUCAUAUAAUACAGUUAAUGGAGAUUCUAGUGAAAAAGAUAUUUCAAUUUUUGACCAGUUAGCAAGAACUGUGAAAAGUAGGCUUGUAGAAUACAUUACAAACCCUCAGUCUGAGGAAGACAGGCAUGUAAGUAGCAGUGAUCGCCUUGGAAAACGCUAUCGAGGGAUGGCCCCAGUUUUUAGCAUAGGAGAUGAUGAAGAUCCUGACAGAUUCUCUGAAUCGGAAGAAGAAUCAUUCGAGGAAGUUAACAUUCAGACAUGGCUAAACAAGCCUGGAGUUAUUGGUACAUUUGUUUGUGAAGAAAUUAAAGAUAUGCAAACUAGAUAUCCAGGGCAUCUGAUAGUUACAGAAUCACAUCUAUAUAUCCUAAGAACUAAUAAACAGAAGAAAGGAUAUGCGCAUAUAGUUGCAACUCGUCUCCUUUCAUCUAUUGUUAAAAUCACUAGCAAGAGAAAAUAUCCAGAGUGGAUUACUUUUGCAUAUGGACAUUCUGUAGAUGGUGAGAUUGUUAUAGAUUCUCGUGACCAUCUUCUCAUUCCAAAGGCAGGAGAUGCUACUAGCCUUAUCAAGUACCAUAUUUAUGGAAUGGGAGACAAUUUACCUAAAAGAUAGCCAUAAUUUUCUUGUAUGGCUUGUAUUAUAUGUUAAAUAAAUAAAAUUAUUCAUCUUUUAAGUGAAAUAAAUAUUUUUAGUCAUCUUGAAAUAAAAAGUUAAAAA